CGCCCUGACUGAGUAUCGAGCAUAAAUUUCGAGUGGCAGCCCUAGCUGCGACUCAGUUCAGUGACACAAUUUGUCAGAUUCAGAUUUGUUCGAUUUGUGGAAAUAUCAGCAACAAAAAUGCCGCGACGCAAGCGCACCUUGACGAACAAAAACAGCGAUACCGGCACGGACGCCGCGCAGCCGCAGCCCCCUCCGGUCAAAAGGAUGCGCAUUGCUUUCCAGGCAAUGGACAUACCCAAGCGACGCCAGACUGUGGGCACGGUGCUGGUAUGCGGCACGGGCGACUUCGGCCAGCUUGGCUUGGGUGAGGAUAUCCAGGAGCGGAGGGGCCUUGCAGUGGUGGAGAACAUUCCAGGUCCUGUGGACGUUUGCGCCGGUGGCAUGCACAGCCUCGUGCUGACGGAGAGUGGCGACAUCUACUCGUUCGGCUGCAACGACGAGGGCGCCUUGGGGCGAGACACCAGCGAGGAAGGCAGCGAGUCGCUGCCCGCUCUGGUCCGUUUGCCCGGCAAGGCGGUGCGCAUCUCGGUGGGAGACUCGCACUCCGCUUGCUUACUGGAGGACGGCAGCGUCUAUGCUUGGGGAUCGUUCCGCGACUCGCACGGAAACAUGGGCCUGACCAUUGAUGGCAACAAGCGCGUACCCGAAAAUCUUUUGGCGGGAACUGUCUGCUGCAGCAUCGCCUCGGGCUCCGAUCACUUGGUCAUAUUAACCACCAUGGGAAAAGUGUACACGAUAGGAUGCGCUGAGCAGGGCCAGCUGGGACGCAUUUCAGAGCGUUCAGUGGACGGAGGGGGUCGCCGUGGCAAGCGCGAUUUGCUGCAACCGAACCAGUUGAUCGUGCAUCGAAGCAAGCCGUUCGAGGCCAUUUGGGCCACAAAUUACUGCACGUUCCUGCGGGAAUCCCAAACAGAAACUAUUUGGGCCGUCGGCUUGAACAACUUCAAGCAGCUGGCCUGCGAUAAAGAUGUGGUUCGGAUUUUACAUCCGAUUAGGACUUCUCUUAAGCAGAUCAAUCAGAUCUGUGGUGGCAUACAACAUACACUGUUUCUGAAGAAUGAUCAACGAUGCUAUGUCGUUGGUCGGCCAGAGUAUGGACGCCUGGGACUGGGCAGCCAGCAGGACGUGGUGGCCCAAUUAACGCCCACUAUUAAUCUCCCUGCCAAUAUCGUCCAUGUGGGAUGUGGCGAUAUCUCUUCAUAUGCCAUCACCGAAGAUGGCAAGCUAUAUGCCUGGGGCAUGGGCAACAGCUACCAGCUGGGCGUGGGCGACGGCGAUGAUCAACUGGAGCCGGCCCUUGUCGGAGGCAAGAGUAUCCAAAACCGGAAGAUGCUGCUUGCAUCGGGCGGUGGCCAGCACGCUCUGUUUUUGGGCGAGGCUGAUGCGAAGGAGCAAGAGGAAUCAGCAGCCAGCUCGAGCAGCAUGACGGACCACACUCCUAUUGCCUCUUCAACUUUAAUCGAGGAAACUCAAGUUGACUGCCCCCGAAUCCAAUUCGGUUUUUAAUUAAGACAUGUUUUCCUAAGAUACCUACAAUACCAUCACGGAGAACACCACAAACACUGCCAAUGGAUCUAAGAUCUAAGAAAAUUAUUUGA